AUGGUUGGAAGGGUGUUCGACAUCUGCUCACCGCCGCAAUAUUUCUCUUCUCUCGCCGACAGAAUUGAAAAGACGAAUCAAAACGACGCGAAAAGAUACAUGGCAAUUUAUGACGAUGUUUCGAAUUAUUGCCAAUCGCCAACGUCCACCGUUAUCAGCUAUUCCGGCUCGUCGACGCCGUCAAGCUCAAUGAGUCCGACAUCGCAUCAGAAGGAUGAUAAUACACCGCUCUACGAAAAUAUUGAGGAAAUGACUCGAUUGUGCUCGUCAUCAUCGUCGCGAGACCAUUCGAAAUUGUCGAAGCCGAGCGUCAGCGAUUUCCUCAAAUCGAUCCCGCCGCCGCCGCCACCGAUUUAUGACGACGUCGUUUACAACAAACGGUCAGAAUUGGACAGCAACAACCACACGACGACCUCAUCAUUGGCGUCAUCAUCGGCUUCAUCGCGUCGUCACAUCAUCGCCGCCGUUGGCGGCGGAGGCGGGACGGAUCAGCACGGAUCAUCGAAUCGUCCAUCCGCCCAAAGUCGACGAUGCAUCGACAUGCGGCCGCUAUCAUUGCCGCAUAAGGAGAUGCAGCGAAUCGAACGCGAACAAUCGCACAGGGUUCUCAUAAUCACCCUUCUAAUCAUCACCAUCCUCAUUCUGCUUAUCGCACUCUCAAUUUACAUCUUCUACGACGACAUCGAACAGCAUAUUAAUAGCAUAUCAGGCAGCUUCUAA